AUGGUCGUCAUCGCUCUUUUUGCCGUUGUCUGGACGCUUCUAUCUCCCACCAAAAUCAUGGCCAGCACCGGUACCCGUGAUCUGCACGCCCUCCGCCCCGACCUCGUGACGCUGCCCUCCCAGACGGAGCAGUUCGAGCAGCUCAGCGAUGAAAACUGGUCGCAGACGGUCUGGCAGCGACCUGCGUGUGUGGCCUCGCCGGCCUGCGCCGCCGACGUCUCCCUGCUGGUCAAGACGCUGGUCAAGGCCGAGGUGCCCUUCGCCAUCCGCUCGGGUGGCCACUCGCCCAACCGCGGUGACGCCACCAUUGACGGCUCCGGCGUGAUGAUCUCGAUGCACCGCCUCAAUCAAGUCACAUACAACCCCCAUAGCCAGCUGGCGAACAUCGGCCCCGGCGCGCUCUGGGGCGCCGUGUAUACGGCCCUGGACCAGCACAACGUCACCGUCGUCGGGGGCCGUGUCAUGCCCGUUGGCGUUGGCGGACUCACGCUCGGAGGCGGGCUGAGUUACCUCUCCUACCUCCAUGGGCUGGCAUGCGAUAACAUCGUCAGCUACGAGGUGGUCUUGGCCGACGGACAAAUCGUUGAAGCUAGCGAAAUAUCGCACCCGGAUCUGUUUUGGGCGCUCAAAGGGGGAAGCAACAACUUUGGCGUCCUGACGCGCUUCACAAGCCAGACGUUUCCCGCACCGCAGGUAUGGGGCGGUCUACUCGUCUUCGGUGCCGAUCAGAUGGCGGCGCUGAUGCAAGCGCUGUACGAGUACCAGACGGCGCCCCAGGACCCGGAGGCGAACCUGAUAAUCAACUUGCUCCCGACCAACGGUCUGCUGCUCCUGACCCUGGUUUAUCUGAAGCCGGUCGAGAAGCCCGCCGCCUUCGCCCCCUUCUACAGCUUGACGCCCGUGUCCGAGCAGACCGGCGUCAUGAGCCUGCACCAGCUGAUGGAACUGUUCCCCCCGGCCACGCUGCCCCGCUGGACCUGGUACGACACUUCGUUCCGGCCCAAUGCCAGCCUGUACGCCGAGAUCAGCGCGCUGCUCGCGCCGUCCGCGCCCGAGGUGUCGGCCGUCGCGGGCGCGGCGUCCGGCUCGCUGAUCAUGGCCGUGCAGCCCAUCAGCGCGAGCGCCGUUCUCGCGGGCCGCGCGCGGCGCGGCGGCAACGCGCUCGGCCUCGAGGCCGUCGAGCAGACGUGGUGGUCCGUGUCGGCGGGGUGGGCCAGCGCCGACGACGACGGCGUCGUCGAUGGAGCCGUCCACGCCCUCCGCGACAAGAUCGACGCCCUGGCUGCGCGCUCGGGUACCAGGCUGGACUACUUGUUCAUGAACGACGCCAACGCGAGGCAGGAAGUGAUUGCGAGCUACGGCCCCGAAAACGUGCGGCGGCUGUGGGAGGUGGCCAGGCGCUACGAUCCGCAUGGCGUCUUCCAAAGACUGGUGCCUGGUGGGCAGAAACUGCCUCUGAAAUGCUAA